AUGAUUUAUCAUCAGCUUCAGCCACGGGAACAUCGUCCAACCUCAACCACUUUGGGGUCGUUGCUCAAAAGAGCAACGUCCAGCUCGAGUCAAAGCGAAUCGAGCUCCGAUUACUGCAGUGAAAGCCCCAAUGCCUCGAUGUGCCAAAAACCAGUCAGCGAUAAUGCACUUACAAUAGCCUUGUCUAUAGUGUUACCCGUUGUGGCCAUCAUCUGUGUCCUUGGAUACUUUCUUUAUAGAAACUAUAGAAAGGAUAAAAAGGAAAAUUUGGAACACGAUCCAGAUUUUUUCGAAACGGGCGAAGCUACCGCAUUACCUGACUUCCCCGCCAUGAAAGAUCCAUUCCACAACAGCAACUCUGCCAGAUAUCCAAUGCAACACAUCAACAAGUCAACUUCGCUGCACGGGGGAUUGAAUGAGAAAUACAAUGGAUACAAUGUCCACACCAGACACGAUCCAUACUUGGACAAUUUGGUUCUACCUUAUCAGCAUGAAACAGGAUCGAAAUUGUCAUUAGACGACUAUGCAAGGACUCUCGGAGAUCUGCAAGGGUACAAGACAUCAAACGACCCAAACUCCGUGGUAAGAGCAAUGGCAGAUACCGCUCACGUGGAAAAAGUGUUGACGCACGUUCUGUCCAAGUAUCCAUCGACCCACGCUAGUCCCAUAAAGAGCCCAAGCAAAAAAGUCGAGGGCAAGCAAUAUACGAAUUUGCCCAAUGAGUCGCAACCAGACUUGCAAUUUGCGCCACCAGAAGCUAUCAGUGUUUUGGAGACUUCUGAUGACGAUAUCGCCUCGCCGAAAUUUCCUCGAUUCGAUGUCAAGUACGAGAAUGAAUCAGACCCGGCAAUAAACAAGACCAUCCCUCAGAUUGUGGUGGAAAAUGAGAAACAAUUUUCCAGUGAUGAUAACUCCCACGAGGACGAGGACGAGGAAGAGAAGACAUCGCAUCAGUUCCAAAAGGAGAAAUUCCCCGAGGAUGCUUCCAAACCAAUGGACAACCCUGCUGCAACCGAGGAGGACCAUGAUCACGAUGAUCAUACCCGUGAAGGCGACUUUACUUUCUCCUCCUAUGAAAGCACCAAACAACAUCAAGAGAGUGCUGCACCUGAAACGCGGGAAUUGCCUCCUCGUUCCAAAUCACCUAGAAUCUCAGCAUUUAACUUGUUAAAGAAUGAUAGCGACAACGAAGAAGAAGACGACGACAUGGACAAUUUAUCACCCAACCAGCAGGAAGAGAUCAAGAGAAUGAAGUCGAUAUACAAGGUAUACUUUGACAACAGCUACGAUCGCCAUGGACACGGUGAGCUCCAACCUGAUCCAAACUAUCCAGUUCCUCCACACCUGAUGAGUAAUGCAACCCGUGCCCAGACAAAUAGAGAUAAUAGGACCAGCGAAGGCUCCUCAGUAUACGCUGACGGCGACCAGGCUGCUCAAUACCAGCAAUAUCAACACCAGGAAAACCAGCAGGCCUACUAUGACCAGUUCAACCAGCAAUAUCAGCAACAGUAUGGCUCGCCCGUUGACCCGCACUUGUACCAACAAUUCCAGCAGCAACAAUACAACCAUUAUUUCCAAACGCAGCAGCGGAAACCACCACGUCCAUUACCACCAUUGCAGAACUUGCGCAACCCUGCCGAUCUUAGAAAGUCUACUUUGCAAACUUUUACCGAUUUUGUGCCAAAUGUAAAGAAUCAAACGGUGACUUCACCACCAAUGGGUAAAACACCUUUUGUGCCCAUCGAAAAUGACGAUGUUUGGACCUCACCAAUAGAGUCUCCUUCAGUGCAAUCCCAGGCUUCGUUCCCACAACAGAUGCACCACCACCUUCACCAUCAGCAGCACCAACAACACCAUCACCAACAACAUCCACACCACCAUCCACAUCAUCAUCAUCAGCAACAACAACAAGAGUAUUUUCCACAUCAGCAGCAGCAAGUACCACCACCUCAAACGAAACCUGUGCCUUCAGCAUCCCAAUUGGCAAGGUCUUCCGUGGUUAUGCUCAACCCCGUGACAGAAAUCACAAAGUCGAGAAAAUUCAAACCUGCUGGCUCGUUCCCUUCUAAUCAGAACUUGCACGUACAAUACGGACACGGUGAUUUGAAUGGGCCUGAAAAUGAUUUGUUGCCAGGUAAUAGAAAGAGUGAUGUCAGAAGAAUGAUGAAUACAAACUUUUAA